AUGGCGGCUGUUGAUUGGCUACGGCAGGAGUCCGCCUUUCGAAGGCCUCCGGCAACGUCCAUUCCCUCCCCACGCGUUUCCUUCCCUCAAGAAUUCAUAUGCCCACUCUCCAGCGAGGUUAUGCGCGACCCCGUUAUAAUCAGCUCCGGUAAAAGCUUCGAGCGCGUCUACAUCGAGCGCUGGUUCGCGCAAGGAAGAACCACGUGUCCCAAAACCGGCGAGCCGCUCGCGCACCAAAUGCUCACGCCCAACGAGGCGCUCCAGAAGCUCAUUUCCGAUUGGUGCAAGUCCCACAUGGUCACGCUCAAGCCUCUCCGUCCGUCGAGCCCGCUUACGCCAGCUGGGGAGAACACUCGCAACUCGUCGAUUCCGCCAUCCCCCGCUUCCGGAGAGCGGUUCGAUUUGGCGAAGGCUCGGGCAGCAGCAGCAGCGGCAGCGGAUCGCGCAGCCGCAGGUUCCGCCGAUAGUUCCGCCGCGACCGGCGCCGGAGGCAGCGCAGCGUCGCCACGAAUCUCCCCACAGUCGAUUCUCGAGCGGCGCCACUCGUUGCAAUCUAAGAGUGACAACGGUUCGACUCCCGGCGCUUCGACUACGGGCAGCUCUGCAGGCGGUUCUGGUCCUGCCGCGGUCGAGACGCCUAAAAAGCUUACCAAUUCCUCCUCUGCUAACGCCUACGUUUCCGCCGGUCCCGCCGCUGCGAACAUACCACCAGCAAUUCCUAAGCAUCUUCGGCCAAGCGCGAACGACGGACCCCUCCUACGGACGAUGUCGCCCCGUAGGAAAGGGGAGCAGUCGCCUGCGACUCCGUGCGACGCUUCUGCGAGCCCGCGGGUGCUGCCUCGGAAUAGCAGCGACCCGUGGCUGUCGUCUACGGAUGAAGAUUCGAAGAACGACGAGGCACUCGGGUCGUUCUUGGCUGGAAACGCGGGGGGAAACGCGGCGAGGGCGCAACGUCAGGGGUCGCGUCGCGGAUCCGCGUCGCCGCAAGAGGCGGUGCCGUAUUCAAAGCAGUUCUUGAGCGCGACGCCGACGCGGCGAAGCAGGCGCACCAGCGAGCAGGGCUCAGUUACUGAGAUGCGACCCUUGAUCGACGCUCUGCGAACAGGCGACGUCGCACAGCGUCGCGAGGCGGUUCAUACGCUGAGGAUCGCGCUGAAAGAGGCGCCGGAGAAUCGCACGAGAUUGGUCGCCGCGGGCGGCAUCCGACCACCGGACGGAUCGUUCGAGGCGACUGAGGUGGCGAAAUCGAACGCCGCAGCGGCUCUCUUUGCGCUAUCUAAUGCGGAGGAGAAUAAGAAGGUCGUCUGGUCGGCUGGUGCUGUUCCGCCGCUGAUUAAUCUCCUCCGAAAGGCGACGUGCGCGCGUACGAAGAAGGAUUGCUGCCUUGCGCUUUACAACCUGUCGUUGUUUCUGAAAGCUGCGGAGGACGCGAUUAAGCACGGGCUGGUUCGCCAAGUGUUUGCGCUUCUGGAAGGGGAAGACGAAGCGGGAGUGGAGGAAAAGGCUGCGGUGUUGCUUUGCGCGUUAGUUAAGUACCCGCAGGGUAUCUACGCCUUGAGAAAGGAGGAGGAUGUGGAGUUCACCCUGAUCGGGGUAAUGGAAUCUGGUUCGGAAAAGGCGGCGGAGCUUUCGGCGGGAACGUUACUCUCAUUGGCGAAGGCCGAUGGCGACGACGCGAUGAGCGAAAUCCUUAGCGAGGGGUGCUUGCCGCCGUUGGUGAAACUCGCGGGUAACAGCAAGCCCGAUUCGGAUUCGCGAGCGCUCCUAGCGAUGCUUCGUGAGUUCGCCCAGAUCCGAUCGGGCGGCAGUGUAGCUGGGAGCCAGCCUGGCACGCCCAUGGCAGGGAGCAGGCCAACCACACCCCUGGGACGCGGCGGAAUGAGAUAA